CCGCUGCGCCCGAUACAUCCUCCCCAGACAUGCUUUUGGCCCGAGUGUUCAUGGCUCACGCGCAGCUUUCUUGGCCCGAGCGCCUCGCGCAGAGGCUCCGACCGCGCGUGGCGGCGACCACGAGAAGAAGAAGCAGGGCAAGGGGUUGCGCGAUUGGCAUGAUCUAUUUGUUCGACUUCGCAGCAUGCGCCCCCUGCCGCCGCCGCUACCGCGGGGAUGCGAGCAGGGCACUUCCCAUGAUGGCGCCCUGCACCGGGCCAGCCCACAUCACCGUGCUCAAUAUGUCGGGAGAGCGCCUGGGGCCAUUGGAGCUGGACGCAGAGGCGCCGCUGCAAUCGCUGAGGCAGGCGGUCCGACAGCACUGGGGCGUGCCCUGUGCCGCUCAGCGCUUCGUGCUCGGCAGCCAGGAGGUGGAGGGGGGCGGCUCGACGCCGCUCGGCCGUGCCCUGCGCCUGACGCCCGAGGAUGCCAGUGCUGAGGUGAUGUGCAUUCGGGUGCCGCUGUUCUGCGACGCGCGGGCAGCGCACCAGGCCGUGCUCGACGCUACGGCGAGGGGCGACCACGCCGCUAUGGCGGAGGUGCUCGCGGAGUCGCCCGACUUGAAGAUCGCUGCGGACAGCGUCACCCAUUGGGCCGCUCUGCAGCCGCUGCUCGUGGCCAUCGCCGCGGGGGACGUCGAGGCCGCCAGCCUGCUGCGCGCGGCGGGCGCGCCCGAGCCGCGACUGGAGCCGAGGGCGGCGUCGCUGGGGCAGGCAAUGCGGAUGCGAGACUUGCCAGACGUCGUGCGGUUGCUGGCUGGGGGAGUGGACGUCAACACGAGGCUCUACCAGGGCGAAGGCAUCCGGGCCACGAGCCACGCCACGCCGCUGCACGCGUGCUGCGCCCUGAGCCACCUGCCCGGCGCGGCCGCAGUCGCCGAGCUCCUCUGCCGGCUGGGAGCCGACUUGGGUGCGCCAGAUUGCGAGGGGGAUUCUCCGCUGGCGCACGCCAGGUACUUCAACGCGGAUGCCAUCUACGCAGUGCUCCAGCGGCACGGCGCCCAGGUCAGAGGGCCCUACUAUUCUGCCACCUUCAGCGUCGUUCGUCGCUUUGUUGGCACGGGCGACCGCUGAGCGACCGUUGGAGCCACCGCUACUGCCACGCGUCUCUGCUUUCCGCCCCCAGGACGGUGGGAAUGGGAGCUGGUCCUUGUCGUCUUUCUCAGGAUCGGUAUUUCUGCACACCUGCUGUCGCGUGCUGCGGAGUGAACGCCCAACUUGCGAUGAUCAGGCCGGGCCAACCUGGUGUGACACAGAAGCGCCAAGCGGGUCAGGCUUAAACAAUCAAAGCAGCGUCUCCCCAGACAUGCUCGCGCUGCGGAACAAAAAAGACUCGACGGGAAUGGUAACAUGUUUGGGUUCAGAGUUGCCGG